ACUACGCGCCGGCGGGCUUCGCCGAGCCUCCCGCGCCCCCCGCCAGCGCCGCCACGCAGCAGCCCGCCGCCGCCCCCGCCUGGGCCUACGAAGCCCGGGUCCCGACCGCCGCCUCCAGCCCCGGCUGCAGCGGCAGCAGCCCCAGCCUCAAGGCCAGCUAUGAAGAUGGACAUCCCUCACAGUCUGAAUCAGAUAUCCUUCAGAGACAGACAUUUGCAGCCUCUCAUCAGCUUCCUGGUUACGCUCCCACGCCUCAAGCAACUGGCAUGCAUUCCUCAGCAGCAACUGAGCUGUUUGUUACAGGACCCUUGCCAACCUCUGGAACACUUCCACCACCUGUGCUAUCCGCUUAUCAGCAUCCUGCGACUUUUAGCAAUAGAAACUUUGCGACCACCUCACCUUUGGUGCUUCAGGAUUCAUCUUUUAACACUACAUCAAAUGGAAUUUUAAACCCUCAUGAUCCUUUGCUACAAAUUAAGACUUCGCAGGGAACUGUUCCAACCGCUUUGGCAUUUGAGCGCCUGGGCAGUUCUGCAUUAAGUAAUAGCAUACCACCUCAGUCUUCAACAUAUCGCUCAGCUCAAGAAUCUGCACCACAUCUCUUACAACCUCAAUUUAGUUUAUUGCCUUCAACACUUGGGGGAGCCCAGCAAACCCCUCAAGGCUACAGUUCAACUCUUUUUACUAGUUCUGCUGCUUCCAUUGAAAGAGCCCUUCUUCGAGAAUGUAGUGUUAUUAAACACCACCAGCGGCCUUCAGAUACCCAGUCUAUUCAGGCACAACUGACUGGUUCACAGCUUCCCUUACAUAGUUAUCUAUCAAGUGCAAGUAUUGGUAAUUUUCAGGAAACAUCCAGGCAGUCAUCUUUAUCCUGUAGCUCAAUUCGAGAUUCUACUCAGGUGAGCAAUGGAGCGUUGCAACAGAAGACCCCUCAGGUCUCAGCAGAACAUGCUCAGUCUUAUUCGUCUGUAAUUCCAUCAUCAGGGUAUCUUCCUUCUGCUACAAAAGUAGAUGUCUGUUCUACAAAACAGCCACUAACAUCAAGUGUGAUUCCUCCUGUACAAACACUAAACUAUUCUAAACCUUUACAUAACCAGAGUUCUGUAAUAUCAGGUCAAGCACAAAUUUAUUCUACAGCACAAUUACCUAGUCUUUUAUCAGUCAGUCAGUCCCAAAAUUAUGGUUUAGUACAGCCACAUAAUGUGCCAUCUAUUGUUCAUUCACAGGUUUAUAGGCCCAGCAGGGUUGAGAAAUUGCCAUCCUUAUACAAAACAUUGGCCUUUUCUGGGUCUUCUCAGCCUGUAACCUCUGAAAAUCAGACACUUAGUUAUUCAUCCAAUCAGCAAGAAGUAUUAUCUUUAGUUACAAAUGAGAAUUACCCUGCUCAAACAAGAGACCUGGCAUCAGUCAGUCAGCCUCAAAAUUAUUCAUCUGGUCACUCUCAGGGUUUAUCACCAGUUAGCCAAACACAGGUCAGUUAUUCAUCUCAAUCACAAGUUUUAUCAGUUGUUAGCCCUUCAGAAAGUUAUGCGUCAGUACAGUCUCUGACAUUAACAGCCCCUUCUCUUUCUUAUUCUUCUGCCUCCCGGGGUCAGAGCUUGCCAGAUUCUAGCCCAACACCAAAUUAUAUUUCUAUGCAUUCAUCCCCAAACACUCAUACCCAAGGAUCUUCACCACCUCAGCCCCAAAAGUUUUUGCCUGCUGUGCAGUCAUCUUUUGCAUCCUCUGCUCGUGGUCAGGCAAUGCAGAAUAGCAUACCUUCCCCUGAUCCAAAGACUUAUGCUGAGAGAAAACUUGACUCAAAUGUAUAUACAUCUUCAGAGCAAAAUGAUGAUUUUCCAAUGCAAAAGUUACAGGCAUUGCAGUCACAGGCUUCUCUUGAGUCAUCAAGCCAAAGGCUGCCUGAUGGAGAAGUGAAUGCUCAAGAGUCAGUUUAUAAGACGUCCAAGUCAGAUGACCGAUAUUCUCAGAGUAUAAGCAGAAACAACUCCCACCUUGAAGACCAAGUUGUUGGAGUUGCUCUCCAGGGUUCAAAACAAGAAGAAAACAUGGUUGGUUCAGUGACACAACUUAACCAGCAAAGUGGGCAGCUCAAUAAUGCAGUAAACACUGAUCUUAAGAAGGCAACGAAUUUAAUGCCAGCGCCUCAGAUAAGGUUGAAUACAAAAGACCUCAACCAGCAGCAUUCUCUCAUACAUAAGAUGCAUGAAGCCAAGGUUCAGGAACAGCAUGAUCAGAUAAUUAGUGCCUCAUCUCAGAUACAGAUUUCAAAUCAUGCUUUGGGGCAUAGUCAUCAGACUCUUCCUAAUACACCAGUCCUUUUAGAUUCUGCCUGUGACUUACAGAUUCUUCAGCAGGCUGGGAUUCUACAGGCAAGCCUAGGACAAGCAAAGGCAUCUUUACAAGUACAGCGUGUUCAGAGCCCCCAACAGGUAGUCCACUCUUUUCUUCAGAUGGAUGGUCACAUCAUUCAGAGCAAUGGUGAGCAUCCACAACAGCAGCUUCAUCCUCAAAAUUCUGAGAUUAUGAAACUAGACCUCCCUGAACCUUCAAAACCUUUGCAGCAGCUAACAACGAAGGGCCCUUUCAGUGAAGCCAAUCAACAUGAUUCAAAGAAUCAGUUUGUUUCUCUUGGAUCAAUGUGCUUCCCAGAGGCAAUGCUUCUCAGUGAUGAAAGGAAUAUUUUAUCAAAUGUAGAUGACAUCUUGGCAGCUACAGCAGCAGCUUGUGGGGUUACACCUUCUGACUUUUCCAAGUCCACUUCAAAUGAAACCAUGCAGGCUGUUGAAGGUGGUGAUUCUAAAUCUCAUUUUCAGCAGUCAUUAGAUGUCAGGCAUGUGAAUUCAGACUUUAACUCCAUAACAGCUACAGUAGGAAAGCCACAGAAUAUUAAUGACAUUCCCCUAAGCGGAAGUCAGGUUACUGUAAACCUUUCAUCAGUACCCACCUUUCAGUCAAAAACAGUCCUUGAUCAACAGCACAUGGAGACACCUGGUCAAAAUAUACCCACAAAAGCAUCUUCAGCCAUGGGUGGACCAGGUCAUGAAGUGCAGGAGCAAAGUACUGACUCGUUUAAGAAACAGUUGGCUAUGAAUCAUGAAUCGAAAGAAGAUAGUGAAAUUGCUGUUGAAAGUGCAUUGAGUAAUAACAGAAAUCAAGAGUUUGUUUCUGCUAGCCAGAGCAUAAGUGGAGAGAGUGUAGCAUCAGAGAACGACUUUACCCUAGUAGCUGACGACAGCAGUAUGUCAGUGAACCAUCGAAGGAACACACUUGCACUGCUUGCCAUGGCCCAGCCUGGGGAUGCAGCUAGUGGCAAGACUGAAGAUGAAAAGCAAGAUGUAGCAUACUUUAACCUUCCAAAGAAAAAGGCUAAAGGAAAAGGACAAGGUAAAGAGGAAGAGGACAGUAGUCAGAAACCACCAAAAAAGUCUGCUCAAAGCAAGCGCCAGAACCCCAGGGGUGCAGACAUGUAUUUACCAUACACUCCCUCUUCCUCAGAAAACUGUGAUGAAGGUUACCAGCAUCAAGAAAAAAUGAGGCAAAAGAUCAAAGAAGUAGAGGAAAAGCAGCCAGAAGUCAAAACAGGAUUUAUUGCUUCUUUCUUAGACUUCCUGAAGUGUGGGCCCAAACAACAGUUUUCUACCCUUGCUGUUCGAAUGCCUAGUAGGACCAGACGAUCAGGAACCCAAGUUACUCAUCCUUUCUGUGCCCCACCACUUGCAAAGAUGUCACCUGCAACACCUGUGCCAUUAGCAUUUGAGACUGGAGGAAUCAGUCCAUCAGAGAAAGUUGACAAUGAACUUAAAAAUUUAGAACAUUUAUCUUCCUUUUCUUCUGAUGAGGAAGAUCCUGGCAUGUGUGGCCAUGAUAUCUAUAAGAAAAUCUCUGCUCCGUUAUCUGCGUUGGAUACUACUUCUGAUAAAACCAAGAAAACAGUUUCAGAAGCUCUACCUGUGACAACUCCUGGUGUAUCUGCUGAGACUGCUGGUGCUGCUCCCACUUCCUCCACUGCUGAUGUAAAACAAGACCUUCAUUUGACUUCAUCCGCUGUAAAUACCCUGGAAAAUGCAAACUCCACAGAACCUCCCAAAGCCAUCGAACUCGAUAGUCUUCCUUCGGACCAGUUGGCGAAAGGACAAGACACAGUUGCAAUAGAAGGUUUUACAGAUGAGGAAGAUAUAGAAAGCGGAGGAGAAGGCCAGUACAGAGAACGUGAUGAAUUUGUGGUAAAGAUAGAAGAUAUAGAGACAUUUAAGGAAGCUUUAAAUAUAGGAAAAGAGCCCCCAGCUAUUUGGAAAGUACAGAAAGCUUUGUUACAGAAAUUUGUUCCUGAAAUUCGAGAUGGGCAAAGAGAGUUUGCAGCUACAAAUAGUUAUCUUGGAUAUUUUGGAGAUGUGAAAACUAAAUACAAAAGGAUAUAUGUGAAGGUCAUUGAAAAUGCAAACAAAAAGGAGUAUGUUAGAGUGUGUUCCAAAAAGCCAAGAAGCAAGCCUUCACAAGCUGUCAGAAAUGUUCCGUCUAAGCCAAGUAGUAGCAGUAAAACUUCUGACCCACCAGUAUCAAAAACUCCAACUACAAAAGCCCCUUCUACAAAACCCAAAGUUAAACAACUCAAAAUGAAGGCUGAGCCACCACCAAAGAAACGGAAGAAAUGGAAAGAAGAAUUUUCAUCAUCACAAUCUGAAUCAUCUCCUGAGGUCCGUUCUAGCAGUAGUGAGAAUGAGGAAUUUGAUCCUCCAGCUCCCUUUGCCACUCGCUUUCUAAACACAAGAGCAAUGAAGGAAACUUUCAAGAGCUACAUGGAGUUGCUUGUUAGCAUUGCCCUGGAUCCAGACACGAUGCAAGCCCUAGAGAAGAGCAAUGAUGAGCUACUUUUACCACAUAUGAAAAAAAUAGAUGGAAUGCUGAACGAUAAUCGCAAAAGACUCCUCGUGAAUCUUCAUUUGGAUCAGCCAUUCAAGAAUGCAUUGGAAAGUUUUCCUGAACUAACAAUUAUUACUCGAGACUCUAAAGCAAAAAGUGGAGGAUCUGCUAUUUCUAAAAUAAAAAUGAAUGGCAAAACUUAUAAUAAGAAAACUCUAAGGACUUCUAAAGCAACCACUAAGUCUGCACAGGAGUUUGCUGUUGAUCCAGAGAAAAUACAAUUAUAUUCAUUAUAUCAUUCACUCCAUCAUUAUAAAUACCAUGUUUAUCUAAUAUGUAAGAAUGAGAUAUCGUCUGUUCAGAAAAAAAAUGAAGAUUUAGGACAGGAAGAGAUUGUUCAACUUUGUAUGAAAAAUGUAAAGUGGGUGGAGGACCUAUUUGAAAAAUUUGGAGAACUUCUAAAUCAUGUGCAACAGAAAUGUUCCUAACAUUUCCACAACAUCUCACCUUUUUAUAGCACUAAUGAACUGUCACAGUGUCACAGAUAAUCACAUCUCCAGCAGUGGUGUCUUGCAGACAUACCCAAUACCAUGGGGACUUUGACCAGGACCUUGCUAUAUUUUCAACUGUGGGGUGACUGAGAUUUCAUUUUCAGAAAUGUCUUUUGACAAAAUGAUAAAGCAUGCACUAAGUAUACUUUUAUUGCUAGAGAAAUGACAUUAAAGUGACCUGGCUCCCCAUGACUGGUGUCAGGAUGUAAAGUGGCAGAUAUCAUUCGUGACUGGCCAUGGUGUGGAAAGUAUUGUACAUUUUGUAAACGGAUCUGGUAUGGUGGGACAUCCUAUAUGAGAAUGUCUUGAGUUUAAAACAUGAAACUCAGAAGCUGCGCUCUGCUCUAUCAAGUCCUUUAACAUGUCCAGGAAACUGGGUGUGGAACUGUGCAAUCCUGUGACUGCUUUUUGUGUCAAGUUCAAUUGUGAUGAUGGAAAAAAAAAGUGACGUACUAUUUUCCCUGUUUUAAAGAAAAGUAUUUUUGUUUAUAGUGUUUUUUUCCUUUGGAAAAUUUUCAAUUGUACAUUUUAUUUUACUAAUAGUUGUAUUUUUCACAGAGAAAAUGUGGUUUUAAUUUUUCUAUCCAUGCUUCAUUGUUUUCAGUAUACCCUGUGUUGGUACAUGUCAUUUCCAUUGUAGAUUCUGUCUUGAGGUAGCCAUUUUUGUUUUGCCUUAGUGUUACUUGGAAUAUUCAUUCGGUGCUAGAAUUAGUUUAGCUUUAUAAAUGGGACUGUGUGAAACACUGCACUAAUUUCAUAUUUCAUAAAAUAAAUUUCUUACCAAACUAGCACUUGAUUUAUACUGAUUUGUCAAAGUAAAAAUCAACUACUGCCGGGUGUAGUAGCGCAUGUCUCUCAUACCAGCAUUUGGAGGCAGAAGCAAGGCAGGUGGCUCUCUGUGAGCUCGAGGCCAGCCUGUUCUACAUUGUAUGCUCCUAGAAGGCCAGAGCUACAAACUAAGACCUUGUUCUGAAAAAUCACAAAUCUUAACUACUGAUAAUUUUGGUGCCCAAUUGGGUAAAGGCACUUGCUGCCAAGCCUAACAAACAGUUUGAUUCCCAAGACCCAUACUGUGGAAGAAGAGAACCAACUUCUGCAAGUCCUGUCCCCAUGCACGCACAUACAUACACAAACUGAUUAAUAAGACAGUAUGCAGUGUUACACACAGCUUUCCUAGCUCUCAGAACUGGAAGUGGAAUUCUCCUUUGGUGCCUUUAACCCUUCCACACCCUAGUGCAGCUUUCUUAAGUUUGAUGGCAUUUCAAGUGGUUUAGCUGAGACAGUGAAUGUAUUAGGUUCAUCAUGACCUUUUGUUUCUUUUUGUUGCCAACAGGAUGCCUUGUUUGUGAAGAAAAUUUAAUAGUGUCAUUCUAAACAAUUUAAUUGUGUCAUCCUAAACGAUCGCUGUUUUUAGGAUUCUAAAAAAGUAACUCAUCAUACCUGUUUAUUUCACCACCAUUUAGUGCCUUACUCCCUAUCUAAAAAGCAGUGUUACUGUUCAGUGCCCAGAUAAGACACACUUACGUGGAUAAGCCUGCUGUCUUGGUUUUGAGCAGGCAGUAAACUGACAAGAAUUGAAGUUAACAUGCCACUUCAUUUAAGAAUAAAGCACUGUUACAUUGGGUGAAAAUGAGCAUCUGAGUUACGCUAACGUAUUUACUUCUGGUGAUUAUCCUAUUAAAAGCAAUAUCCUUAACAUUUGUACCUGAUAUUAGACUCAGUAAUACCAAGUAAUGGAAGUUACUCUCCAGGGUCAAAUGUACCACUUCUGAAAGUUUUAAAAUGUUUAUUUGACAACAAAAGAAACCUAUCAGACUUACUUUAUGUAGCUUAUAUGGGAGAUGCCCGUGGCAGGAAAAUCAUGAGAUUUGUUUUACAAGCAGAGGCGAGCAGGAAGCAGCCAUAUUCCAUUCUGAUAUUGACCCUGGGCACAGUAGGUAUGUUUCCAACAUAGCAUUGGCAUGCCUAUAUAUACCUUUACCUUCAUCUUGAAUUAUAAAGUAUGAAGUAUGUUUGAACUUCAUUUUCACGAAUGAAUCUAAGGUUAAUCUCACCACAAAAAUACGCAUUUCUUUUUUUUUUUGUUGUUGUUGUUGUUGUUUAAAGCAGGGUCUCACACUUUAGCCCAGGCUGUUCUAGAACUCACUAUGUAGUCCAAGUUGGCUCCAGGUUCAUUGCAAUCGCCCUGCCUCGGUCUCCAGAAUGCUGGGAUUAUAGGCACGUGCCUGGCUUUCCAUUUCCUUUUGAACUGCAGUUGCCCUCCAUCAGUUUACAAUUGUAUUCCCUUUAGUAAAAUCAAUUCACAAUGUAGAAGGCCAAGUCCUCUGAUCCUCCCUCAGAGACCCUGUGGUUUAGAUGCAUUCUCACCUCAUUUAUUCUAUAUAGCAUAGGAAAUAUCAACCUCAGGCCUUAGCAAAAAGUAGAACUAUAUUAUACCCAUUUCUCUAUAGGAAGCUAAAUAAAUACUUAGUUGGUUAGUUUUGCCAGGGAAUUUGAAAUGUAUGGUAUAGGAAAGAGGCUGUAGAAAAAGAUGAAGCACAUGUUGCCAUAAGAUAGGAAGAUGUUAAGAAAGCUUGAACUCUCCUACCUAUAGCGAUCUGGAGUGUUGGGAUGUAGCUCAGUGCAGAGCACAUGACUAGCAUGUCCGAGGCUCUGGGUUUUCUCCCAGUCCCCCAUCCGUCAGAUGCACAUAGAGAUCUACAGUGAUUUCCUGUAAAAGGUAUUCUGUGUUGAUAUUUGUUACUAGCCCAGAAAAGUGGUUGCCAAAGGGGCCUCCUUGCCAUUUUGAUAUAACUUAGUUACUACUUGAUCCCUAAUAUGUCUGAAUUUAUGGUGAUUUAGCACAUUAAGUUGAGCUAGAAGCUAUCCAUUACCCUAUGAUUUUGCCAAAUUGAAAGUAUUGGUAAGAUAGGAAAUAAUCCUAUUUUUAAAUGUUUAAUACAUUUUCAUAUAAUUUUGAAUGUUCUAAAUUUAUCUAAAUUUCUGAAACAUGAAAAUUUAUAGAUGUGUUUACACUAUGGGGCUAUUUUCAGAGCUUCACAUUUUAAAACUAAUUUUUCUGUUUACUAUUUAUUUUUCUUAAAGCAGAUAAAGUCCAGCCUAUAGCUGUAAGGAUUUACCCAUAAGUUGUUUUGGUUUGUGUGUUGGUGUCUUUGCUGGUUCAGAUGAGUGGUUCCAGAGUCUCUUCACUUUCCUUGUAGUCCGAUCUCUCUGCACUUGACUCCCUGAUGAGGUCAGCUUGGGUUAUUGGUGCAGCUUUGUUUCAGAUGUGUAGGUUACAAAUCUUAAUCUAUUUGCAGAAUGUAAUUUUUUGUUUUAAAUGUUUUGUUUCACAAAAAAAUGCUUUUCAAAUACAGUGAAGUAGCCCAGGCUAGCUGCUCCUCUGUCAGGUGUACUUGAUAGCCCAGGCUAGCUGCUCCUGUGUCAGGUGUACUUGACACAACUGCACAAAUGAACAGUGUGCAACUCUUGUUUGUGCAUUGACUCAGAUGCACAACUUUUGACAUCUGUGUUCACAAAUGCACGUUUUCAAAAUAACCUCUAUUUAUAAAACAAACAACUAAGCCUAAGGAUACAAAGAAACCUGCAUUUGUAGUCCAGAAUUUUCAACUGGUCCAUUAUACCAUGUAUGGAAAUGUGAAAGACAAUUUUGUAUAUUUGUUACUAACUCAGAUCAUUAAAAUGAAAAUUUUUUAA